AUGCGAGACGGAACAGGUGAUCUCGAAAAGCCUCGGACAGUUCUGUUCGAUCUCAGUCGCGCACGACUUUGGUCAAUGACCAAGUACAUGCAACAGCCCGCCGAUAGCAUUCACUGCUACGAGCUCGUUCCGAAUACAAUUCAUCCCUCCGAGGUCUGCAGCGCCCCCGCGCUAAGCGACUUCGCCGGAUGGGCUAUCGCCGAGAGAGAUAGAGAGGAGGCCUUGAGCAAGAUGAAGGCGGCGAUCAUCGAGGGUGACUUUCACGUGCCGUCCUACCCACCCUUCUACCCGGCAGCCGCUACUUUGGAGAUCCCGCGUUUCGGCUCCCUCAACAUUUCACGGGAAUACAAUCCCGCCCAUGUCGGCGAGGCAUCGGUGUGGGAGUCACCGAGGAACUUUGACUCACCCCUCCGCGUCGAUAUCCCCCCGCCUGUCCUCCAGCACGAGUCUGGUCCGGCCUUGAAGGGCGACCAGGCUUUUGGCAAGCAAGAGACACCGAAGCCUAACAACAAGAACAAGAAGAAGGAAAGACGGGGUUGA